AUGGAAGAGGUGCAGGGAUGUCCACAGAAAGGCUCCACGUUGCAGUUAACUGUGCUUGAGCAGGGUGAUGCUAAAGGUAUGGGGCUUUAUUUUUCCAAUCAAAUAAAGUCUCCUGUAGUUGUUCUGUCCCAUGAUGGGGAAGAAGAGGAAGAAAACAGGGGCUGGACAAGCUGUCCCAAUCGUGUUAUCCUGCCUGUGUCUGUGGAGGAGUAUCAAGUGGGACAGCUGUAUUCUGUGGCAGAAGCCAGUAAAAAUGAAACUGGUGGAGGUGAAGGAGUGGAGGUCCUGGUGAAUGAACCUUAUGAAAGAGAUGGAGAGCGUGGGCAGUACACACACAAGAUCUACCACUUACAGAGCAAAGUGCCAACAUUUGUGAGAAUGCUGGCCCCGGAAGGAGCUCUGAAUAUACAUGAAAAAGCAUGGAAUGCCUAUCCCUACUGCAGAACUGUUAUUACAAAUGAGUAUAUGAAGGAUGAUUUCUUGAUCAAAAUUGAAACCUGGCAUAAAUCAGAUCUUGGAACGCAAGAGAAUGUUCAUAAACUGGAGCCAGAUGUGUGGAAGAACGUAGAAGCUAUUUAUAUAGACAUUGCUGAUCGGAGUCAAGUGCUUCCCAAGGAUUACAAGGCAGAAGAAGAUCCAGCAAAAUUUAAAUCUGUCAAGACUGGGCGUGGACCUCUGGGUCCCAACUGGAAGAAGGAGCUGGGAAAGCAGACAGAUUGUCCAUACAUGUGUGCUUACAAACUGGUAACAGUCAAGUUCAAGUGGUGGGGUCUGCAAAACAAAGUUGAGAACUUUAUCCAGAAGCAAGAAAAGCGUCUCUUCACAAACUUCCAUCGGCAACUCUUUUGCUGGCUUGAUAAGUGGGUUGAUCUGACUAUGGAGGACAUUCGUAGGAUGGAGGAGGAGACCAAGAGACAGCUGGAUGAGAUGAGAGAAAAAGAUCCAGUGAAAGGAAUGACGGCUGCAGAUGACUAACAUGACUUCUUCCUUGUGCACUUUUGCAAGACAGUCAUCAGGAAGGCCUGGGGAAUCCAUACUCUUGACUGAUGGACCAUCUCUGGAUCAAGCCUUUCUAUAUCCAAUCAGCAGGCGAUUUUAAAUCUCCCAUAGCUAAUUCUAGAUGCCCUUUAAUAUUGUGAGCAAAUAGACCGUCUGGUACUAAGCACUCCAAUGUUAGCACGUAUAUGAAGGAGGUAGCUCCUUGGAGACGUGUGACUUAGAGAUCGCUGCAUUUACGACUCCUCCCUCCUUUUUUUUUUUUCAUUGUAUUCAGACCAAUUUCCAUGUGGCCCUGUUUGAUUUCCAAGUGACAUUUUUAGCUAAAAUAGUCUUGUGAUGUGGUGACUUAGAUUUUUUUUUUUUUUUAACUGGGAUAAACUGCCACCUUUGUUUGUGCCCAGCCGUUCACCAUUCUUUGAAAGUCUAUUUGGAGAGGGAACCUCUCAGUAUUUUAGAGUGCAAAACUAUUCCACAAAAUUAUAUGCCCUGACCUUGCUCCCAAGGUAACAAAUUUAAUGGCGUGUAAUCUGAAUACAUAAUCAGGGAAGCCAGAGAUAGUUCUUGGUCUGCAAUGAAUAUAAGCUGAUACGUGGCUUCUGCACAGCAUUACUUUAUUCUCUCUUAGCACACGUGAGUUAAAGACUGAGCAGAAGCUGUGUUCGGCAUCCCCAUGCUAGGUCCUUCAGCACAUAACUGUUGAGUUUCAGUUUAGCGAUACACGGUCCCUUUGGCCCAUGUAGCCAUGUUGUCCUUUAGCUUCAUGUGUCAGUCUUAUAAGAUCAUUGUAAAAACUUGCUUGAGAAAUGUUGCAACUUCCUGGUUCUUUCUUUAGUAAGACUUAGCAUAACUUACAAAACUAAAAUUAUUUUGACUAAUAAUAAUGUGAUUCUCCCUGGACAAAUUAGAAUGUAGCAAAGCUAGUGUAUAAGUAAAGUCUCGGUAUCUGAUCACGUUCAGGUGCCUGGUUUGGUGGUUCUGCUCAGCAAUAAUACUCUUCCCAUUGCAAGACUGACUUGAAACAUGUCAUUCCCUUCUAUGAAACAGUAACUUACAAAGACCUGCAGUUGUUUUGUAGGAUACCUUGCCAGUUUUUAAAAGUUGCAAAGGAUACUGUUGAACAAUGAAAACAGCUCUGGGUAUUUAAUGAACUCUAAUACUAUCUGUUAACUAUCCUUAUGUUGAUACCAGCUUUAGACAAUCAAAUAAGCAGAACAGAAUCAAAAAAAUAGUGCUUUAUUAAAUACAUAUGAGAAAACCCUAAUUUCUUUGCUUAUGCAUCAGGCCCAAUGUUUGACUUCCCCCCCACCCCCAAGAGUCAUCACUUUAUUUUCCACUUCUGUAUUUGGUGGCGCUAACGGAAAAUACUGAAUGCUAAACACAGACGUGGGUGUAUCUGUACCUUCAAGGAGUCUUUUUGGCGUUCGUUAAUACAUCUGACUCCUUCAGCCCUUCGCA